AUGCUGAAAUCCCCAUCAGCGCGACAAAUUCUUGUUGAAUCGAUCAUUUUUGGCUCUAUCGGGACUGUACUCUUUCUGGGCCGACUAUGGUCCCGGGCUUUGCUUCGACGGUCGUGGAAAAAACUCAUGAUUGAUGACUAUGUUAUGGUUGCGACUUUUUGCUGCUAUGUGACACUGCUUACACUGAUCAAUGUAUCGGAGCAUUACGCUACGAACGAAUAUCUACCGUUUGAAGCAGAUGCGAUCCUCGCCAAUCCUGAGGAAAUUCGACAGCGGAUCUAUGGAAGCAAGAUCGUAGUCGGCUCGAAUCAAGCGUAUCUGCUUACAUUGUGGGGAGUCAAAACAUGUCUUCUGAUGCUAUACCACGGUCUCACAUUUGGCACAAGAGGCAACUUAUAUGUCAAAAUAGUUAUGGUCUACGCUGCUCUUGGAUUCGUCUUCACCGAGGCAUCGCUGUUUAUAUUCUGCCAUCCAUUUUCUCAGUACUGGGCAUUGCCGGUUUCAAAUCAACAGUGUGCUAACUAUGAGCACUAUUGUAUAGUCCAAAUGGUCUUCAAUGUGUCAAGCGACUUGCUCAUGCUAGCGAUUCCAAUCCCUCUGAUUAUUCGAGCUCAAGUAAGCGUUCCAAAACGUGCACUUCUGGUUGGUACUUUCGGGCUAGGCUUGUUCACAGUAACGGCAUCUAUUUUGGACAAAUACUUCAAUUUUACGAUGCUUAAUUCAACUGUUUACAUGAUUUGGCACAUCCGUGAAGUCAGUACGAGCGUAUUUGUCGCCAAUAUAAUGUGCUGGUGGCCAUUGCUAAGAAAAUUCUUUGGACUCAAACGAUUUCUCUCGAAAGAUACAAUUGAAGCUGCAAGUGGAAAGACCUCGAAUUCUUCGGUCAUGAUGGUGCAAAAUGGCAUCCCUACGAGGGAUGACGAAUACCUGAAGAGCCAUACAAGGAUAGCUGAGAAGUCAGUUGAUCACGACAUUUAUGACCUUGAUGAUAUUGAAUUGGGAGAUGUGCGUAUAUUUCGAACACCCAAAUCUGGAGGCCUAAGAUGA